AUAAUCAGAGUUCUUCAUUGUUAUUAGAGUCUGAAGCAGGAAUAUUAGAGAUGAUGUUAAACACUGAUGAAGACAGAAUAAAUAAUGUGUACAUUUGUGUUUUCUUAUAUUUACAGAUCAACCUCCAAAGCACAGCAAAACAUUGAAACCUCCACCUCCACCAAGUGAGUCAAACUGUGUUUAAUGAGGCUGAAUUUCCAGAGUUUAAUGUUUGGUCCUUCCAGGAAUUUAAAGUGACUGUAUUGUUAGUUCACUGACUCUAUAGCUGUGUUUUUGUAGAGACUCAGUUUCAAGGUAAAUAAUGUUUUUCUGAGCUUUACUUCCCUAACUAUAACUGAUGCUCAGGUUUAAUGUCUUUAAUAUAAUAUUAACAGUAAAGAGAAAUUCAAUGGUUGCAUGUUUUCACAAACAAAGAUCAUGUGACCUGUGAUGUUUCCAAAGAACCAACUUCUGUUCCAGCUGCUGGUCAUCAAGAAGAAGACGUCAGUGUCGGCUUGGAUGCUGCUGAACGUACUGCACAUGAACUCAGGAUUGUGUUGUUUGGAAAAAAUGACGACAAAAAGGCAGCACUGGGAAACAUCAUUGUUGGGAAGAAAGAGUUUUCUGUCCCAAGAUUCUCUGGAGGAAAACAGUGUGAAGCUGCUCAUAAAACGUGGAACAUGAAGCCUUUAACAGUAGUGAAAACUCCAGACGUCUUCAGUCUGUCUGAGAAACCAGUGAGAGAAGAGAUGAAGAGAUGUGUGGAUCUCUGUUCUCCUGGACCAAAUGUUCUGCUGCUGUUAGUGACACCUUCAGAUUUCACUGAAGAAAACAGAAAAACUCUGAAGUUCAUCCUGAGUCUGUUUGGUGAAGACGCCUUCAAACACUCCAUGAUCAUCAUGACUCAGAACGAAGACGGACAGAAUCAGUCGGUGGAAAACCUCCUCCAAGACUGCGAACAAAAGCAGCACAGCAUCAAUCUUGAUGAAAAGAAUCCUUCAGGUCAUGAUGUUGAAGAGUUAAUGCAGAAAAUGGAAACUAUAGUGAGUGACCUCAGGGGAGGAUUUCUGACACUAACUGAAGAAGAGGAUCAGACAGUGAUGAAAAAGUCCAGACCUCCUCUGAACCUGGUCCUGUGUGGUAGAAGAGGAGCUGGGAAGACUUCAGCAGUCAACGCUAUUCUGGGACAAAGAAAGUUUGGUGGACCUGAAGACUCAUCAGAGUGUGUUAAAACCCAGGGAGAGGUGUGUGGACGUCGGGUUUCCCUGCUGGAGCUGCCUGCCUUGUAUGGAAAACCUCAGGAGGCAGUGAUGGAGGAAUCAUUCAGGUGUAUCUCCCUCUGUGAUCCUGAGGGCGUCCAUGCCUUCAUCCUGGUCCUACCUGUGGGUCCCCUCACUGAUGAAGACAAGGGAGAGUUAGAGACCAUCCAGAACACAUUCAGCUCUAAAGUCACAGACUUCACCCUGAUUCUGUUCACUGUGGAGUCAGAUCCUACAGCUCCAGAUGUUGUUGACUUCAUCAGACAGAACAGAGACAUCCAGGAGCUCUGUCAGAGCUGUGGAGGAAGAUCUGUUGUUGUCAGCAUGAAGGACAAGCAGCAGAUCCCAGAGCUGCUGGAUCAAGUGGACAAGAUGAGACUGUCAGAUCAGAAACCUCACAGCUACACAACAGGAACGUUUGCUCAUGGCCAAAUGGAAAAGAUCCUACAGCUAGAAGCAGUCAUCACCAACCAACAGGCUGAAAUCAAGAAGCUGAAAAAAUCUGAUAUGGUCACCUCUGAUGAAGAGCAGCAGAACUCAGAGAGUCUCAGGAUUGUGCUGAUUGGGAAGACUGGCAGUGGAAAGAGUUCUUCAGGAAACACCAUUCUGGGCAGAAAAGAGUUCACAGCCGAAGCAGGACAACAAGGGGUCACCAAACGUUGUCAGAAGUCAGUGGGUGAAGUGGACGGACGUCUUGUUGUCGUGGUCGACACUCCUGGACUCUUUGACAACAGUUUGUCUCAUGAACAAGUAAAUGAAGAGAUGGUGAAAUGCAUCAGUCUUCUGUCUCCAGGACCACAUGUCUUCCUGCUGGUGUUACGUAUCGGCAGAUUCACACCAGAGGAGAAGGAAACAUUAAAUUUAAUCAAGAAAAGUUUUGGGAGGAAUUCAGAAAAGUUCACCAUCAUUCUUUUAACUGGAAGAGAUGAUCUGGAGGACAGUGACCAGUCUGUUGAAGAUUACAUAAAAAAAUGUGAUGAUUCCUUCAAGAAGCUGAUCUCUGACUGUGGAGGAAGAUACCACAUGUUUAAUAACCGCAUUAAACAAAACCAAACACAAGUCAGUGAGCUGAUAACAAAGAUCGACUCCAUGGUGAAGAAAAAUGGAGGAAGCUGCUUCACCAACGAGAUGCUGCAAGAAGCUGAAGCAGCCAUACAGAAAGAAAUGGAGAAAAUCCUGAAGAAGAAGGAAGAAGAGAUGAAGAAAAUGGAGGAGGAACUGAAGAGAAAACAUGAUGAAGAAAUGGAAGAAAUGAAAAGAAGAAUAGAAGAAGAGAGAACAGAAAUUGGAGAUGAGAGAAAAGUGAGAGAAAAGCAACUCAAGGAAAAGGAAGAAAAUAUCAAGAAAGAGCGUGAUGAGAGAAAGAAAGAACAAGAGAAAAGAGAACAAGACGACAGGAUGAGGAAAAGACAGGACGAAGUUCAACGACAAGAGUGGCAACAGAAACUUGAAGAUUUAGAGAAAAUGAUCAAAUCAGAAUCUAAAGAAAAAGAAAGCAUUGAUAAGAAGCUGGUGGAGAGUGGAGAGGAAAUGAGAAAAGAGCGAGAGACCUGGGAGAAGGAAAGGAAAGAAUGGUGGGACAAAAGAUAUCGAGAAGCUCAUCUGAGCCGAGAGAGGGAGAAAACAAAACUCAAAAAGCUCCAAGAAGAAUAUGAGCAGGAAAAAGAAGAAAAUGAGCGCAAAAGAAAAGAAGAAGAUCUAAACAGAAGAGAACAAGAGGAGAGAGAGAGGAAAGAAUUAGAGGAAGGUUACAAGAAAAACAUGGAGGAGAUGAAGAAGAGAUAUGAAGAAGAAGCAAGAAAACAAGCCGAAGAGUUCAAUGAGUUCAAAGAGAAAUACAGCAAAGACUUUGAAGCUCUGAUGGAAUACCUUAAGGAGGAACUGAAGGAUCUGAAGAAAAAGCAUGAAGCAGAAAUAAAACAGAAACAAGGAGACUACACUCUGUUAGAGGACCUGUCAAGCCACAAAGAAAAGGAACUCAAAAAACAAAUAGACAGAAAAGAAAAAGAGAAAGAAGUAGUAGUUCAAGAAAAAACAAACAUAAAAGAUGAAAUGAAGAAGAAAGAAAAACAACUUAAAGAACUGGAAGACUUGAAGAAAAAGCAACAACAAGAAAUAGAGAGAAGAGAAAACGAGAAAGAAGCAGUAGUUAAAGAAAAAACAAACUUAGAAGAUAAAAUGAAGAAGAAAGAAAAACAACUUAAAGAACUGGAGGACUUGGAGAAAAAGCAAGAACAAGAAAUAGAGGAAUGGAAGAAGAAAUAUGAAAAGAAAUGUACGAUCUGCUGAUGAUCCUUCCACUGCUGGAGCUCUCAGUUUCCUUCAGUCGUCGUUCAACAUGACGCUACAGAUGUCAUCACUGAACUCCACCAUGUUCUCCUUCAUGGUCUCCUUCAGUGUCCUUCAGUAUCUGGACCAGGAAGGUUUGCUCACAAAUAUCUGGAUGUUUUUAUUGGAGAAGGUUGGUGCUGUAGGAGUUAAGUUCCACUCCAAUAAUGGAGAACUAUUUUUGUGCCGUUUUUGGAUACCGGCAAGUUUUUGUUUUAGGAAAUUCUGUAGUUCUAGUAAUGUUUCCUUAAGUUCCUACAAUGUUCUUCUUCAAAGCACAACAUUCUCCAAAGAUGUUCUUCCAAUGUUUUUGAGAACACUGUUUUUGCUCCAAUGUUCUUCCAAUGUUUUCCAAAUGUUGUAUUCAGAACAUCCUUCUUUUGUUUCAUGGAACACUGUAGGAAUGUUUAUAGAACAGUGUUUCCUCAACAACAUUCCUGAAACAUCCUCAGAAUACUGGAUCUGUGGUCAUUUGCUUAGAAUUCAUUUAUAUUGUUUCAGGAACAUUUGAUAAAAUGAUCCCAGGACUCAACAUCUGGCAGACAUUGUUUAAUGUUGUUUUCAGAACGUUCUUCUUUUGUUAUUGUGGAUCUUUAUGUUGUAAUUCACAUUUUUUGAAAUGACAAAUCUCCGUAAAGUUUUCUUUGAACAUGAGAGCUUUCAGUUGAUGUUAGCUGAUAUUUUACCAAUAUUCCCUGCUAGCUGGGUGUGGUUUUCAUUUAUACAUUAGCAGUUUUUAUAUGAAUAGUGUGAAAAUAAUAUUUGAUUAUCACUGAUUUAUCCGCAUAUAGAGCGCAGACUUUUAAACACCUAAUUAUUGUUUGUUGGAUCACGACUACAGGAGGUCCUCGGUUUACGACGUCCUUCACCUACAGCAUUUCAUUGUUAGGUGGAACUAGUUGGUGAGCAGAGCAGAGAAAUAUAUCGUCACAUGGUGCUAUCAGACAGCUUUGUUUACAUUCUCCGGUUGUACGCCACCUUGGAUUGUGCUACAUUCACUAACUUUUUGUCCUUCAUUAUGGCUCCCAGCGUAAGUCAGACUCUUCUGAUGCUUCAAGGAAAAGGAAAACCAUCUCUAUGGAAGUGAAAUUAGAUAGAAUAAAACGCUCAGAAAAGGGCGAAACACCAACGAAUAUCAGCAUUAUUAGAUCAAGUUGUAAAAACGGUGCCACAUAUUCUGUUAUCUUCUUGUGAAAUUAUUCAUACAUGCAUUAAAGUCGUUGGUAUUCAUGACUUUUCCAAAGAACUGAUCAAUAAUAUGAUGCACGUAACGCCGCAGUUCUGACUUAAAGAGAAAAUCUACUUACAUCGAUCCGUAGGAACAGAACUCUGAUGUAAAACGAGGACCCCCUGUAGAUUUUGUGUAACUUGUUUAUAACCAUGUUUGUCCAAUCAGCAUUGAACUUAUUCAACAACAACCUUUCAUUUUUCAGACACUGAUUCUUUGCAUGUGGUAUACAUAUAUUUUCUUAUGGUUGUAGGUUUUAUUUGUUCUACAUUUAAAAAUGUUGUCAGUUACUAUGGUUCCAGGACUCCUUUGAAUCCAUAGAAAACAAAGUAUAAAAUCCUGUAAUUCUCAGUAAUGUGUAAUCUGAAAUGAAAGGGUGAAAACGUAACUCAUGUAUGAUCUAAAAUUAAAGGGUGAAAACGGC